AGGCGGCAGCCGCGCCGUCUAAAAGCCGAGCCCCUGGCGGCGAGCACAGUGCUACGGGACUCCGAGGGAUUGCGAAGCGGUCUAAACCCAGGCGCAACUCCCUGCCCCGCACUUAGCAUCCAAACGGUGCCACACAACCAACUACUGCCCCCAAGUCGGAGGGCCCAUCCCAUGUUCAAAGUGAGACAACAUCACAGUAUACUGUAAGCCCAGAAGUAAAAGACUGUGAUCAGUAUGGGAUCUGAUUAGUGAAGGUACCACAUUGGGAGCAACCUGGCAGGUUGACUCUGAGCAUCAUCUCCCACCCCACACCAGACAGCUGGCCAGGGAAUAACAAGGGGAGUAUUUGCCAUCAGUAGUAGAGACCAGAGAAUGAUGACAUCUGAGGGUCAAGUCCAAGAAGAAACAAAAGUUCUGAAACUUAAGACAAAAAUGGCUGAUAAAGAAAACAUCAGUAGACCUACAAAGAGCAAAAAUAAUUUAACAGUUGAAAAAAAAUAUAUUCCUUUAAAACCUUCUAACGAAUUAACCAAUUCAACUAUAGCAAUUGACACACAUAAUUUGGAGAAUAAUAAUCAAACUCUGCAGUUUUUACCAAAUAAAGAUAAGCCCCAAAAUCAACGUAUGACAUUAAGCCAAGCAUUUCACAUUAAAAACAAUGAUAAAAAGAAACAAAUGACUACCGAAAAACCAAAGCAAGAUGCUAACAUGAUCAAGAAACCUGUGCUUGGAUCUUAUCGUGGUCAAAUUGUUCAGUCUAAGGUUAAUUCAUUUAGAAAACCUAUACAAGUCAAAGAAGAGAAUUCUGCAACAACAAAGAAACUUUCAACUGCUAUCUCUAAAGCCACAAAGCCUCAGCCUAUAAACACGAGCAGUGUAACAGUGAAAAGUGAUAGAGCCUCAAAUACGAUGACUACCACUAAAUUUGUGAGCACUACAUCUCAGAACAGACAAUUGUUGCGUCCUCCUAUUAGAAGUCACUACAAUAAUACCCAGGACUCCAUGAACCGAGGCAUCAGUAGAACCUCUGCCAAUGUUACAGUUCGGAAAGGGCCUCGUGAUAAAGAAUUACUACAAUUAAAUUCAGUUGUAUCUAAUGUCAAAACCAGUUCUUCUGAGGAAGUAAAUAAGACACUAUCAAGAAGCAUCACAUCGGGAAUUACAGCCAGGCUUGCUUCCUCUUCUAAUACCAAACUGACAGAAAAGUCAAAAACCGUGGACCAGCGCAGACAUACUAUCGCAAAAGCAACUAUCGAUAGUAGAUCUGCUCACCACAAAGAAACUGCAGAAGAGAGAAAAGCUCGUCUGAGUGAAUGGAAAGCUGGCAAAGGAAGAGUGCUAAAAAGGCCUCCUACCUCAGUAGUUACCCACGCUGAACCUGAAGGACAAAAGGAAAAACCAGUCGGGUCCUUUUGGACUACCAUGGCAGAAGAAGAUGAACAAAGAUUAUUUACAGAAAAAAUAAACAAGACAGUUUCUGAAUGCCUUAACCUAGUUAAUGAGGGAUGCCCAAAAGAAGAAAUAUUGGACACGCUGAAUGACCUGAUUACAAAUAUUCCAGAUGCCAAAAAGCUUGUUAAAUAUUGGAUAUGCCUUGCACGAAUUGAACCACUCACAAGUCCUAUUGAAAAUAUUAUUGCAAUCUAUGAGAAGGCCAUUCUGGCAGGAGCUCAGCCUAUUGAAGAGAUGCGACAUGUAAUUGUAGAUAUUCUAACAAUGAAGAGUCAAGAAAAAGUUAAUUUGGGAGAAAAUUUUGAAGAGGCUUGUGCAACCAAGGAACAAAUCCAAGAAGUCAACAUUGAAGAUACUGAUGUUAAACUAGAGUCAGGAAAACCAGAAAUGGAAAAUAAACACCAUAGAAAUGUGGUAUUUCAAGAUGGUGAAAAGGAGCAAAAUGACAAAACAAAAGAUCCAGCCAAUGAUGUUAAAACUCUCCAUACAGAAACUAGAGAGAGUUGUUUAAUUAAAUAUAAUGUAUCUACUACACCAUACUUACAAAGUGUAAAAAAGAAGAUGCAGGUUGAUGAAAUAAACUCUACAUUUAAAGAGCUGAAGUUUCUAACACCUGUUAGACGUUCUCGACGCCUUCAAGACAAGAUUUCUGAGUUGCCAAAUAUGUUAAAAGAUCAUUAUCCUUGUGUGUCUUCAUUGGAACAGUUAACAGAGUUGGGAGGUGAAACUGAUGCUUUUAUAUGCCGCCCUAAUGCAGCACUGUGCCAGAUGUAUAUGGAGCCUGAAACAACAGAAUAGAAAUGAAGCUAUGAUAAGGAAUGAGGUUUUUAUUAUUCCUGGGGUGUUUUGUUUAUUGUGACUUUGUAUGCCUCUUAGGUCAGGAGUUGGCCAAUUACCUAAGUAUUCAUGGCAGUAAGCUAUUGGGUUGUCUGAAAAGUCAUGAUGCAUUUUUGCAACGAAAAACAGAAAAAAUACGUCAUGACUUUUCUGACAACCCAAUAUUUUACUAACGUUGACAUUAUAGCAGGUAUUGCCUUCUGUGUUUCUGAAAGCUAAAUCCUACAUUAUUUAUCUCAACAGACUAAGAUUUUCUCUAAGAUAGGUAAAUUUUAUCAAGUAGUUUACUAUGUUCCUUGAAUAUAGUUAAUAAAUGUCAUUCUAGUUUCAGUGAUAUUUCUAAAAUAACAAAUACUUAAACUUGUUUUGCAAUAUAAAAACUUCAUUGUUAAAUCGUCCCCUGAAACAUGAUAGUUAUGUAUUGUGAAUAGUUCUCUUCUCACCACACACACAAGUACUACCAAUAAAAUUGGUUUUUUAUACCUUUGAACUGAUACUUAAAUGGCAUAUAUCCUCUACCAGCUCUACUGUUUCUAGUAAGUAAUUGGUCAUUGUAAGAGAUUAGGUAAUUUAAAAACUGUGUAAUAUGAAUGUGGUUGAAAAUCACAUACAUAGCCCUAUUUACGUUCAUAUAUUCCACUUGUAUAAUACCACCUAUCUUCUAUUUAUUGUCUUCUUGUGUUGUAGACAAUAGGAUUUUUAGUUUUUAAACUGUACCUAUUAUGAUUACAAUAAAUUAAAAUGUCUACA